UUCUCAAUUAUCCUAAUUUAUUCUACAAACUAACACAAAUUGAAACCGAAACUAACUGUGAGGAUCCUCCGGCUAUAAAGAUCAUCUUGUAAUCAACACAAAAGGGUUUUACCUUCUGUAUCAUGUAAUCAUCAUCACCCUCAUAUAUUUCCUCCAUUACGGCCAUUUUCGACCCUCAAUUCAUCAUCAAUGGCGAAAGAACCAGUUAGAGUUUUAGUUACUGGUGCUGCUGGCCAAAUCGGGUAUGCUUUAGUGCCUAUGAUUGCGAGGGGAGUAAUGUUAGGCUCCGAUCAACCCAUAAUUCUUCAUAUGCUCGAUAUCGAACCGGCCACCGAGGCCUUAAACGGUGUCAAAAUGGAAUUAGUUGAUGCUGCAUUUCCUCUUCUCAUCGAUGUCGUUGCUACCACCGACGCCAUGGUCGCUUGUAAAGGUGUGAACAUAGCCGUGAUGGUUGGCGGAUUCCCACGAAAAGAAGGUAUGGAAAGGAAAGACGUGAUGUCGAAAAACGUAUCGAUUUACAAGGCUCAAGCUUCGGCAUUGGAGAAACAAGCCGCACCGGAUUGUAAGGUGUUGGUGGUCGCUAAUCCAGCGAACACCAAUGCCCUUAUCUUGAAAGAAUUUGCACCGUCAAUCCCGGAGAAAAACAUCACAUGCCUCACUCGACUUGACCAUAACAGAGCGCUUGGACAACUCUCCGAGAGGCUAAAGAUCCAUGUCGGUCAAGUGAAGAACGUGAUCAUAUGGGGUAGCCACUCCUCCACUCAAUACCCGGAUGUGAACCAUGCCACUGUCACGCCCACAAACAGUGAAGAGAAGCCUGUUAGAAGUGUCGUAGCGGACGACAAUUGGUUGAACACGGAGUUCAUUACCACGGUGCAACAACGCGGUGCCGCCAUUAUCAAAGCUCGCAAGCUAUCGAGUGCAUUGUCCGCCGCAAGUGCUGCUUGUGAUCAUAUUCGUGAUUGGGUUCUUGGGACUCCCAAGGGAACAUGGGUGUCCAUGGGAGUGUAUUCUGAUGGAUCAUAUGGAAUUCAAUCUGGCAUUAUCUACUCAUUCCCAGUUACAUGUGAUAAAGGACAAUGGUCAAUUGCUCAGGGGCUGAAGAUAGACGAUUUCUCGAGAGAAAAGAUGGAUGCAACAGCAAAAGAGCUUGUGGAGGAGAAAACAUUGGCUUAUUCUUGUCUUAAUUGAUGAAAGAACAAGUGAAUCAAAUAAACGAUUUGAUUGUCUUUCUUAGGGGAAUGUUUUUAUUAUUAAUAAUUCCAUGAAAAAUAAUUAAAUUAUAACAAUA